AUGGGCCAACUACCUCUCUCUCGGGUUACGCAGGCACGACCGUUCACUCACACAGGUGUGGACUACGCAGGGCCGCUCACCGUCAAAACAUGGAAGGGAAGAGGUGCCAAAACAACUAAAGGCUGGAUUUGCGUCUUUGUCUGCUUCUCAACCUCAGCAGUACACCUCGAGGCGGUCAGUGAUUACUCAACGGAGGGAUUCAUUGCCGCCUAUCGACGCUUUUCAUCCAGACGCGGCAUUGCUCACACCCUACACUCUGACUGCGGCACCAAUUUCAUCAGCGCGGAUGCAGCUCUCAAAAGGCUGUUUAUCCAGAGCACGCAAGAACAUCAGCGAGUUUCUCACCUGCUCUCGCAAGAUAACACCAGAUGGGAAUUCAAUCCCCCAGCGACACCUCACAUGGGAGGAAAAUGGGAGGCUGUCGUAAAAUCCAUCAAGCGAUCCUCAACUCUCGAACCAUUGAGUGACGACGCAGACGACAUCUCAGCACUCACGCCAGGUCACUUCCUAGUAGGAAGUCCGCUCACCGCCGUACCAGAGCCCUCACUCACCGACCUGGCAAUCUCAAGACUCUCUCGAUGGCAGCUCAUCCAGCAGAAGGCUCAACAUUUCUGGACACACUGGGCAGCGCAUUAUCUACAACGACACCAAGCUAUCUCUAAGUGGCAUCACAGGAACAACGAGAUCAAGGUCGGAUCAUUGGUGCUCAUCACCGACGAGCGGCUACCGCCAUGCAAAUGGCCGUUGGCCCGGGUCACGGCAUUGCACCCUGGAAAGGAUGGCCUCGUGCGGGUGGUGACUCUGAAGACAACCACUACCACGCUCGUCCGACCAGUGGUCAAGCUCUCCGUCCUGCCAAUCUCCUCAUACGAUCAGGAAUCAUCAACUACGUUGCUGAUGGCGGGCGGAAUGUUCGAGAUUCAUUUUUGA